CCGCGUCGUGCUCAUCGCAGUAAAAUCCAGAAACAUCCGACGAACACAGGCAGGGAGAGAAGGGAGAGCGUGGACAAUGGCAUCACGGGUGGUGUUCUCCAACAGGAUCCCGCUGGUGCGCGCCAUGGAGAACCUCCUGGCCGCGUCCUCCGGGUCGGCUCUCAGGCCGGCUGCCGUCGCCGGCGGCGUCCGCGGGUACAACGCCGGCGCGCCCCUCCGGAGCUACGACCGGGACGAGGCGGUCGAGCGCAGCCCCCGCAGCGGCGCGCGCGAGCGCGACGUCGGCGUGCCCAGCUUCUUCUCAGAUGUGUUCCGUGACCCGUUCAGCGCGCCGCAGAGCCUGGGCCGGCUGCUGAGCAUGCUGGACGACGUGGCGGCGGCGUCCCCCGACGGCGCGGCGCGGGCGGCGCCGCUCCGGCGCGGGUGGAACGCGAGGGAGGACGCGGACGCGCUGCGGCUGAGGGUGGACAUGCCGGGGCUGGGCAAGGAGCACGUGAAGGUGUGGGCGGAGCAGAACAGCCUGGUGAUCAAGGGCGAGGGCGAGAAGGAAUCGGACCGGGAGGGCGCCGACGCGCCGAGGUACAGCGGCCGGCUCGAGCUCGCCGGGGACGUGUACCGGAUGGACCAGAUCAAGGCCGAGAUGAAGAACGGCGUGCUCCGGGUGGUCGUGCCCAAGGUCAAGGAGGAGGAGCGCAAGGACGUCUUCGAGGUCAAAGUGGACUAGGCACUAGGCAGGAUCACGCCAAGUUUCGCGUCACGGAAUAGCCGAGUCGUCUCGUGUGAGCCGAGUAAUAAUAACUAAAAAUAACUCAAGCUUUUUUGUUUGUCGUGUUGGGUCUGGAUGUUUUGGUCUCGUGUUAAGUGCCUGUACGAGUAUGAAUCGAUCAAACAAUAGAUCCGUUUUUCUUGGUC